CGGCGCUCGCUCCCCCCUGCGCGGGCCCCGGCUCGGAGCCGAGCUGUGCUGAGCCGAUCCGAGCCGUUCCGUGCCGAGCUGAUCCGAGCCGUGCCGAGCCGUGCCGCGGAGUUACAUUGUUGGGACUUUGCACCAAACUCGCUUCGCCGCCGCCUCGUCUGCGCGCCCUGCCUCCGGCGCGGGGCUGGAGCCUUCCUCCUCCUCUUCCCCCUCCUCCUCCUCCUCCUCCCUUGGGUGUUUUUUUUCUUUUUUUUUUUUUCCUCUUUUUUUUUUUUUUUCCUCCCUCCUCUCCCCUCCCUCCCUUCCCCCUUUCGCUUUGAUUUCGCUCCCCGCCCCUGCGCUGUGUGUUUUCCACCAAGCCCCUUGGCAUGAGUUAGGCACCAGCGAUGGACACCAAACACUUCCUGCCGCUGGAUUUCUCAAACCAAGUCAAUUCCACGUCCCUGAACUCCCCCACCAGCCGGGGCCCCAUGGCCACCCCCUCCCUCCACCCGUCCAUCGGGCCGGGCAUCGGCUCCUCACUGGGCUCCCCGGGUCAGCUCCACUCGCCCAUCAGCACCCUGAGCUCGCCCAUCAACGGCAUGGGGCCCCCCUUCUCCGUCAUCAGCUCCCCCAUGGGCCCGCACUCGAUGUCCGUCCCCUCCACGCCCAGCCUGGGAUUCGGUACCAGCAGCCCGCAGCUCAACUCGCCCAUGAACCCCGUCAGCAGCUCCGAAGACAUCAAGCCCCCCCUGGGGCUCAACGGGGUCCUCAAAGUGCCAGCACAUCCCUCAGGAACGAUGGCCUCCUUCACCAAGCACAUAUGUGCCAUCUGCGGGGACAGGUCUUCAGGUAAACAUUACGGGGUGUACAGCUGCGAGGGCUGCAAAGGCUUCUUCAAGCGCACGGUGCGGAAGGACCUGACCUACACGUGCCGCGACAACAAGGACUGCCUGAUCGACAAACGCCAGCGCAACCGCUGCCAGUACUGCCGCUACCAGAAGUGUCUUGCCAUGGGGAUGAAGCGAGAAGCUGUCCAGGAGGAGAGGCAGCGGGGGAAAGACCGCAACGAGAACGAGGUGGAGUCCACAAGUAGCGCCAACGAGGACAUGCCCGUGGAAAAGAUCUUGGAAGCUGAACUCGCCGUGGAGCCCAAGACAGAGACGUACAUUGAAGCGAACAUGGGCUUGACGCCGAGCUCGCCCAAUGACCCGGUGACGAACAUAUGCCAGGCAGCCGACAAGCAGCUCUUCACCCUGGUGGAGUGGGCCAAGAGGAUCCCUCACUUCUCCGAGCUGCCCCUGGACGACCAGGUCAUCCUGCUCCGAGCAGGGUGGAAUGAGCUCCUAAUCGCCUCCUUCUCCCACCGCUCCAUAGCCGUGAAAGACGGGAUCCUCUUAGCCACCGGGCUCCACGUGCACCGGAACAGCGCGCACAGUGCUGGCGUCGGGGCCAUCUUUGACAGAGUACUGACAGAACUCGUGUCAAAAAUGCGAGACAUGCAGAUGGACAAGACAGAGCUCGGCUGCCUGCGAGCCAUUGUCCUCUUCAACCCCGACUCGAAAGGUCUCUCCAACCCGGCCGAAGUCGAGGCGUUACGGGAGAAGGUGUACGCAUCGCUAGAGGCGUACUGCAAGCACAAAUACCCCGACCAGCCCGGGAGGUUCGCCAAGCUCCUGCUCCGGCUCCCUGCCCUCCGGUCCAUCGGCCUGAAAUGCCUGGAGCACCUCUUCUUCUUCAAGCUAAUAGGCGACACGCCGAUCGACACCUUCUUGAUGGAAAUGCUGGAAGCGCCCCAUCAAAUGACUUAGAGAACUGCUGCUGGGUCAGUCCCUCGCCCGGCCGGGGCCUCGCGGGGCUCCGUCCUCUGCUUUCUCCUCCUCCAACCCCAGCCCCUUCCCCUCCUGCCCUCCCCGAUGCUGGAGGCACCGUCCGAGCUUCUCCGCGCGCUCCCCGGGGCCACCCCCCCGACGUCCUCGCCGCCUCGCCACGUUGACCCUUGUCCGUUUGCUGUCACUGCUGCGUCUAAAGACCUGAUCCGCUGUUGCCCUGCGGUAGAUGUAGAGAAGUGGGGGACGGAGAGCUUUGCGCCGGCCGCCGCGGCGCCCCGUGCCACGGGAGCUGGCGACGGUGCCGGCCGGCCGCGGUGGCCCUUUUGGGCAGCGGGGGUUUUGAAUGAGCUGAGGGAGUGGUUCGGCUCACCGGAUUGCAGCUGGCUAUUUUCAGAGGAUGGAGGUUGGUUGUUUUUUUUUUUUUUUGAAAAAGAAAAAAAAAAAAAAAAGAAAAAAAAGAAUUCUAUUUUUGGUUUCUAACUGUUAUUAGUAGUCUCGGUAGUUACUUCGCGCAGGGAGAGGCGGCCCUUACCGUGCCCCGUCAGUGAGUCACCCGUGGCUGCGCAGAGCCUUCUCCUUUCACUUCAAAGCAGAGGAUUUGGGAUUGAGCUAAAUCCCCCCUCCAAACACCCGGUGGCCACCCCAGGGCCCCAGACACCACUGCUCUCAGGCCAGAGCUGCCCACAGACACGAGCACAGGUCCGGAGCGCUUGCUUUAAGGCUGUUUGGGACACGGCAUCGCCCUUGCUGGGGUCCUGCCAAGACCCCUGCCCUCCCAACUGCCCCCAGCAUCCCAGCAUGGCCCUGCUCACCAGGCACCAUCCUGCAGGACCCCUGCUCAAUUUAAGGGCUGUUGUGUUGGAGCAGCAGGGGCCGGUGCCCUGGCAGUGCUCCCUGUUUGGUGUUUUGGUCCUGCCCUGCUCCAGGUUGGUUUUGGGUUUCUGGCUGCUGGGGUGAGCUCAACAAAGCACCCACCACCCUGACUGCGCCCUCACGGGGGUUUGGGCUCAUCCAAGAGCUUGUUGAUUCAGCAGCCGUGGUGCAAAACACUGCAGGGCAACAAUUAGUGGGAGCGUUUGGUAAUUGUGGAUGUUAAUUAGCGGUGAAGCAGGAAUGGGGCUCCCCCUCCCCACAUCUCCCCAUUUGGGCAGCGACGUGGGGCUGGGAGGUCCUGGCUGGAGGGGGAUGCCCGGCAGGGACAGGAGGUCAGCCCGGAGUGCCCGUCCCCAACACCUCACCUUUCACUUUAAUCAGGUGUCCCCAGAUCCUGCCUGAGCAAACGGGUUAAAAAAACAGAGCAGAACGAGCUGGGAAGGCUCCUGGGGAGGAUUUCCCCCCCCUGCAGCCGGACAGGACGGUCCUGAGCACAUCCCAGGGCGCUGAGAGCCAAGGAUGAGGUGCCUGCGGUUGGCUCCAGGCCACUUUCACGUCUGCUGUGCCCCAAAGCAACAGAGCAUUAGGUCCCAAAGAGAGGUGGCUCUCCGUUCCUCCCCGGGGGCUGUAGCUGCCCCCUCAAACAGCCGCUUUGUGCCUGCAGGGGGACGGAGCAGCCCCCGCCUCUGCUUUGGAGAGGACACAGUUGUCACCAGCCUGGCGGCUCCAUCCCCUGCAGUUAAUAAGGCCAUCUCCUCGCCGGGUAAAUACUCAGGAUUUCAGGUCGUAACUUUGCCUUAGGCUGGCCUGAAGUGGCGAAUCCGCAGAGGCGGGGAAGGAGAAGCGUUUUGGCUCUGGUUCUCCAGCAGCCUGCAUGCCGCCGAAAAUAUUAUUAAACAGCUUCACCCUGGAAGAAUUUGCCAAGAAAACUAGGCGAGAGCAACGAAAUCCAGCGAGGGUGCCAGUAAACACGAGCAGGCUGCUCCUUGCCAGCACAGCGCUCGCGCACGCCCGCGCGCGGUGGCCAGGGACUGGCAGCACCCGGGGGGCUCGGUUGGAGCCGGACGGUCCCCGGGGUGAGGAAGCUUUGUGGAAGAGUCUCUCGACCUUGCACUAUGAUAAACCCGAGCUGUCGUUCGUCUCCCUUGGGUAGAACCACUUGAUGUUUUUUUGUUUGUUUGUUUUUUUGCUCGGUGAGUUUUUGGAAGGCGGUCCGUGAGCAGGUACCCCCAGCCCACCCCAGCCCCUCCUGCUUUUAACUCAAUAUCACUUAAAACGCCGUGAGCAGCGGGGUGUCCUCAGCAAAAAGCGUGGUGCAAAGGGGAAGGCUCUGCCAGCAAGGGGCUCUCGGUCAGGAUGUGUGUCUCUGUGCCUCAGUUUCCCUGCCGGGGCGGUGCAUUGCCGUGAUAUGUGCCCCCCACCCAUGGAGGAGGGUUUUGGGGAAGGGCUGAGCACCAGCCUGGACCUCGUGCUUUCGGCAAGUAGUCGAGGGAGCUCCCACAUUGCUGUAAAUCCGCAUGGCUGCUGCUUUUAGUAGAGCUCCUCCGAUCCACACCAGCAGCUUUCGGGGUGCUCAGCAGGUCCUGAACACGACCACGGGUGCUCAGCCCCCUCCCCGAGCACGACCCCUGCCCACCCGCCCAGGGUCACUGGUGCAGCCGUCCCCAGCAGGAGGAAAAGCUUCUGUGCGUCCCCUGACAUCUGCCACAGCAGCCUUAAAGCAACGUGCUUGUGCAUGAGUUUGAGUCUUUCAUUUGUAUCCUUUUUCACUUUUUUUGGCUUUUUAUUUUAUUUUUUUUUUCUUCCUCACCAUAAUAUCUAUAAAUAUAUUACACGCUUGUUUGAAGAGGUGAUACGUGGGUAAAAGAAAAAAAAAAAAAGGCACAUUAUUCGCUAGAGAGGUAGGACUUUCAUUUAACCAGAUCUUAGUACUCCCGCAAAAAUCUGGUUUGAUUAGGGUGAUCUAUUUUUUUCAAUUUUAUUUUUUAUGGUUUAAAUUUCCUUUUUUGUUGGUGGGACAAUCUUUAAUUUUCUAAAGAUAGCACAACCAUCAGCUUUUCAGCCACCCCGGGCCGUUCCUCGCUGCCUUCUCGUGCGCCGCCGCGGGUCCCACCUGAGCCAUGGGCACGUUUCAGCUCCCCCCCUGCACGACCGUGGCUCAAGAGCUGAUGCUGUCCCCAUCAGUGACUAGCGUGCAUGAUCUGUUUUAAGUUGAUACAUAUGUGCGUGUGUAUACAUGUAUGUACUGUAGAUAUAUACACUGUAUAAAUAUCCUCACUCACAUAUACAUAUAUUAUAACCGUAGCAAUUACAGACUUUUUGUUUUAAGUCAAUUCUUUUUUUCCUGUUUUUUUUUUUUUUCCUCUCGUAUGUUUUUUUUUUGCUUCAUGUCAGCGAGUACAUUGUAUCUGAAGCCCUUUCCGAAUUGGCGUACGCCAAAUCUGGAUCUUUAUGACUCGAGACAAAGGAAAUGCAUCUAUUUUAAGAUGCCCUUUUUUGUUGUUUGUUCUUUUUUUUUUUUUUUUCUUUCUUUUGAGCAGCAGGUGGUUUUGAGUAAAAAAAAUAGCUUUAGCAAUUCCCAAUACUUAGUGAUGGAUGCCUUGGCUAUGGGUUGCAUAGCUAAAAAAAAAUAAAAAUAAAAUACAUUUAAAAUUUAGAAUGACAAAAAAAAAAGAGAAAAGAUAAGGAAAAAAUAUCUAAAGCAUCAAUAAAGUUAAAAAUCUAUUUUUGUACAAAUGUAAUUUUAUCCCUUGCAUAUUCUUGGAUAUUUUUUUUUCUGGAUUGUUUUGUUUCUUCUACAGAGAUUGUUAUAAACGCUCUCUCUAUUUUUCUCUCUCUCUCUCUCUUCCUCUCUGUAAAUGUUCAGCCGCAGGGACAGGGAUCUGGAGAAGAGGGAGAAACUUCUGACUGUGUUUUAAAGGCUUUAUAUGAAAUCUCUUUUGAAAUAAUUUUUUUGAAUGAACUUUUUAUUUUUUUCCCCCACUUCCAAAAUCUUUUUCGGGGAGGGGGGGGAGGGCGGGGGAGGGCAGGGCGGGCUGGUCUGGGGGUGUCUUUUGUCACGUAUAUCCGGCGUUCCCGCAGGUCUGUUUUACUGUGAAAUCACUACCGUAUAUUAUUAUUCACUUAAAAAAAAUGAAAAGAAAAAAAAAAAAAGAGUUGCUGCUGGAAACGCCAGUAUUUUGAUGAACAAUUGUAUUAGAAUUGUGGAAAAAAAAGAAAAAAAAAAAAAGAAAAAAAGAAAAAGAAAAAAGAGAAAAAAAAAUAAGAAAAUAUAUGAGCAUUUUAAAAUAUAA